CGAGCACAGGACAGGCUUUCUCACAUGUCAGAGGGAGGUCAUUUUUUUAGUUUUAGAAGUUUCACACCGUGUUUGUACCUUGUAGUCCAUUUUUAAAAUCGUUUUGUGUCUUUGGUGCGUAAAUGCUUUGGCCGUUGGACGAGUCAGUGUGAAUAGUUUGUUCAUGCGCCUUUCGCCUUCCUGCUGAUUGAUUUCUCUAUAUCCCGACACGCGGCGGCUCCGUGCGCCAGAGUUGAUGCAUCUCUUCACUGUGUAUAGCGUGCUCCCUGGAUUAAACCGUAGGCGACGAGCGUUUAAUUUGUCGAGUGUUCGUUUAUAGAGCCUGUAAGCUUUGAACUUUCUUAAAGAAAAAAUGUUGUGGAAACUGGCAGAUAACGUGAAGUACGAGGAGGAUUGCGAGCAGGAGAGGCAUGAUGGCAACAGUAAUGGAAAUUCACGGUUACCACAUCAUCCAGUGGUUAGUCAGCCCCUCUACAGUCCAGCGCCUCCCUUAACACACUCAACCGGCUCUGACUUUCAACCGCCAUACUUCCCUCCUCCCUACCAACCACUACCUUACACCCAGCCAAAUGACCCUUAUUCUCACCUUAGUGACCCAUUCAACAUCAACUCUAUCCACCAGUCACCAACAUCUAAUCAGCAACAGCCAUGGCCCGGUCGUCAAAACCAAGACGGGAUUGGACCACAUGCCCGUAGCGGACUUGCCACUCAAAUUUUGGGCUUAGAAGGUGGAUCUUCCAGUGUUCGGAGAGAUGGCUUUAGGCGGCCAGAGUUGCUACCUCCACAUGUCCAUGGACUUGAGUCAGCAAUGGGCGAGAAUAUGGGACUGCAUGAAAUGGGGCAAGGACUUGAUGAUGUCCAACAUGUGGAUGAUCACAGUAUUGUAACGGCUGACCAGACAGUCAUCAAAAAAGGUCCUGUGACUCAUGCUAAGGUCAACCAGAUAGGUGUCCCGUUUCAGAGGGAGUCUCUGCUAGGUAUGGUGUCCAAUCCCACAGAAGUAUUCUGUUCUGUCCCUGGCCGCCUCUCUCUGCUCAGCUCCACCUCAAAAUACAAAGUGACUGUAGCCGAGGUUCAGAGACGUCUAUCCCCACCCGAGUGUCUCAACGCCUCCCUGCUUGGUGGGGUACUACGCAGAGCUAAGUCAAAGAAUGGUGGGAGAUCACUCAGAGAGAAGUUGGAUAAGAUUGGGCUGAAUUUGCCAGCAGGUCGCAGGAAGGCUGCUAACGUCACUCUGCUAACAGCGCUUGUAGAAGGUGAGGCUGUACACCUGGCCCGAGACUUUGGUUAUGUCUGUGAGACAGAGUUUCCUGCUAAGGCGGUGGCUGAAUAUUUGGGAAGACCCCAUGUUGAACGUAAUGAGAUCAACUCGCGCAAGAACAUGCUUCUGGCUGCCAAGCAAAUCUGCAAGGAGUUCACAGACCUCCUGACGCAGGAUCGCAGUCCAUUGGGAAACUCACGGCCGGUUCCCAUUCUGGACCCGAGCAUCCAAGGCUGCCUGACCCACUUUAGCCUCAUCACACACGGCUUCGGUUCACCAGCUAUUUGUGCUGCCAUGACUUCGCUGCAGAACUACCUCAACGAGGCUCUGAAGCAGGUGGACAAAAUGUACCUUAACGCAGCCGGAGACUCUUCACAAGGCUCCUCAGAUGGAAACAACAAGGCUAUGGACAAGAUGGACAAGCACAGGAAGUAAGGCAUCCAGAUCGUGCUGGAGCAGUUUUUGAGGACCACAGCGGAGCCGAUGCCUCAUCACCACCUUGCUGGUCUAGUUCUUAAUGGCUCAGCGCCCCCUUCAUAUUCUGGCCUUCCAGAACAUAGAGGUUCCCCUCUUCCGACAAGAAGGCACAGCGUAUUGUAAUUUCUUCACCAAAUUCUCUAGAUACUGUUUCAUCCAAGAAUAUGGAGGAAACUUUAUUUUUUUUAUUUUUUUACCAAAUACCAUUUCAAGAGUGUAUAUGUGGAGUUCAGCUUUUUUAUGAAGAAAAAGUUCCACAUUUUUUUCAUCAUUUUUGGUGCUGACCCAUUAUGCAACAUUCAGAGGACAUAUGAUCCACUUUGAGAGAAUAAGUAGCUUUUUUGCUUUACUUUAUUUGGAUGCAGUGUUAUUGUACUUCUGUCUGUGGGAGUAUUGUUUUCAUGAAUGAGUGUUAUGUAUGUCUCUAGUCAUAGCUAAGUAUAGAUACAAAAUGUCCCUAAAAGCACUAAGAGAUUUGUUACAAUUGAGGCUAAACAAAAUGUUCUUUCAGAAGUGUUUUUCUUUAAAUGUCCUAUUAGCUUUAAUUCAAAUGUUCACUUAUUAAGACCAUAGUGAUGAACAUACUUGCCCCAGUUAAGUACACUGGUAACCUGCUUAAUAUUUUCAUCCACAACCAACAGUUUUCUAAAGAUCAGAGUCAGACAGAUGCUUUUGUGUUUUGUGUGAUAUGCGUUUUGUGUAAAUACAGUAUGUCUUUUUUAUACUUUAAGAUGUAAUGGACUAGAAAAUUUGCCUCUACUUGUCCUGCCCUAACUGUAAAUAUUUUCUAAUUUAUGUUGUAAUUUAAUGGGAUUUGUAAAUAUUGGUACAAUUCUGGUGUAUGGUUUUGCUUUUAAAAAGAUGUCUUAAUCCUUCUAAAUAUAGCUUAGUUUUUUAUCAUAUAGUCUUUAGGCCCUGGGGAUUGUUUUCUUUUCAUAUAUAUGUGUAAAAGCUUUUUUAAA